AUGAGUGUUUUCAACGAAGAAAUUCCCGAAGAACUUGCCCUCCGUGGCGGUGCCUACGUCCGUUUGGUCAGAGAGGCGAGGGACAUUCAAAGAUAUAGCGAAACGGCGACUGGACCAUCAUUUUCCUUACUUGAAAUAAGCGAAGAAUACUGGACCUUUGAGAUCAGUGGGCCUGUUGGAUCAAAAUUUGAGGGAAGAAAAUGGCGAUUUUCUUUCACCUUCCUCCAUGACUAUCCUCUUUCCGCCCCUCUUAUAAAGUUUCUGGAUGAAACUGUUGAAGGCACUGGAUUCGAGAAAAACUCGCCUGUAAUAUUGGAUCUGACGGCAAUACCUCCUGUGCGCCUAAGAUUGUUGCAAAUUCUACAAUCCCUGCAAAACUUGAUGGCCUCCAAAAAGAAGGAAAAUGGCAGCAGCAGCGAAAAACAAGGAAACGACGAAAUCGCCCCUGAUCAUCAUGAUAACUCAUCUGGCCCAGAAGCGAAGCAAGAAGAAACUUCUCAAACGAAAACGCGGAAACGAGCAGCAACAACUUCUACCAAGCAAGCUCCAUCAAAAAAGAAAAAGACGACAAGUAACGGAAACAAUGACAGAGACAUAGGCCUCGCCUCGACAAGCAGAAACGUGUCUUCCGACCAGCAAGUACUUCUUUCGUUCAAUCUCUCGUUUAGAGGAUCCGGUCUCGAAGAACGAACUGCGCAGAUGGCACUGACGAGUGGGGAAGAAUACUUCCCAAUAGGACGAUCAUUCUUCCAGCCGCAAUCCUUCCGGGCGAUGUCUAGCGCUGACCAGCAGCAGCCUGGACCCAGCUCCUCAAGAACUCACCCCUCCGCGGAAGCUGCCGACGCCGAUGCUGGCGAACACAGCCAAGACACGACCCCAGAAGCCGACGAUCCUCAAGGAAUCCUCUCUGAAGAAGGGCUCAAUCCAACCCUCCCGCGAAUCGGCACGCACACUGGACUAACAACUGGAAUCACUCAGCCAGUGGGCCCGCAAAUAAGCUCAGAGCCGCCUUACAGUUCUCUGUCGAAUAUUCCCUCGCUUCCGUCUAGCUCUCUGUCGACUAAUCCUCUCCAGCAUCAUCCUCUCUCCAUGUUUCAGGAUUCGGGAGUUAAUCCAGUGCUACCAACGCCUGCUUUCCCGCCACAUCCGUCCGUCAGUAUGCCUCAAAUUCCCUUCCCCGGAGGAGUUGGCAACCCAUUCUUCAACCCAUCUUUGCCGUUUCCUCCCUUCUUUCCCCAGCCAUCGUUUCCAAUGACGAUGCCGCCCUACGCCUCUGACGUCGUCCCGGAUCCAGCAAUUAAUCCCGGCGGACUAUAUAGCUCCCUUCAGCCUCAAAAUGAACUGAAGUGCCAGAUCUGUGGCCGCGAAUUCGCCCGACGCACCAAUUUGCUCCUACAUUACCGGACUCAUACUGGCGAAAAACCGUACAGCUGUGACACCUGCGGAAGAAGCUUCAGCCAAUCGGGCUCUCUCAAGGCUCACAAGCGGAUUCAUACUGGAGAAAUGCCGUACCAGUGCAGCUACUGUCCCAAAAAAUUCCGACUGAAGGGUCAAAAAACGCGGCACGAACGAACUCACACUGGCGAACGCCCAUUUGUUUGCGAUCAAUGUGGGGCGAAAUUCGCCGACACGACGAACUUACAGUCGCACAAAAGAAUACACACUGGAGAACGCCCGUUCGUCUGCGAGCACUGCCACAAGGGUUUCAGCCAGAAACAACAUCUAAAGACCCAUUUGCUGACGCACACUGGAGAGCUUCCUCACGAAUGCGGAGUGUGUCGGAAAAGAUUUAGACAGAAGGGACAUCUCAAACAGCAUGAAAGAACUCAUACUGGAGAAAAGCCCUUCGAAUGUCAAAUCUGCGGCCAGCGCUUCACCAAAUCAGGAAAUCUAAACAGCCACAUGCGACUGCAUCAGUGGCGCUGCGAGCUGUGUAAUUUGACGUUUUCGGACCAAGCGUCGAUGCGAGCCCACGAGCUGCAAGUUCAUCCCACUUUCGAAAGCAGCAGUCAUAUGUAA